AGAAUAGGAAAUUGAGGAAAAAAGUGAAUAAUCCAAUAAUAAAUUUUUAUUUGUUGUGAGGAUUUGAAGAAACAUUUAAAAAUAAGUCUUUUAAUUUGAAAACUUUUAACAGGUGUUGUAUAGAUAUCAGGUGUUUUUAGUUAAAGUUAUGCAGUGCUAAUUAAUUCACGUUUGCAGUGAUACAAAUUCAACAAGUUGUUUCAAAGAUACACCAACGCACGCGGUUUUUCACGUUUUUUUCCGGAGAAACAACACACGGCACCCACAGUCAGGAUUCUUGGUAUCAACAACACACAGAAAUGCCACAUACAGGGCAGGCAGGUGUGAAUCAGCUGGGCGGUGUCUUUGUGAACGGACGACCACUUCCGGAUUGCAUCAGGAGGCGAAUUGUGGAAUUAGCUCUCAUGGGAGUGCGUCCUUGUGAUAUAUCUCGCCAAUUGCUUGUCUCUCAUGGUUGUGUCUCGAAGAUCCUGACGCGUUUCUAUGAGACCGGCUCAAUUAGACCCGGAUCAAUUGGGGGCAGUAAAACAAAGCAAGUUGCAACGCCGACGGUUGUGAAGAAAAUUUUGCGUUUCAAGCAGGAAAAUCCGGGGAUGUUUGCAUGGGAAAUUCGAGAUCAAUUGCUGGCACAGAGGAUUUGUGAUCCAAAUACCAUCCCGUCUGUUAGUUCAGUUAAUAGAAUUUUGCGCAAUGGAGGACUCUGGACAGACGACAUGGCUACUAAUGAACAAAUGCUGAGGGAAAGUCAUGGAUACCUUCCUGCAAAGAACGUUCCAACAUCAAUGUACGGAACAACUUCAUCGGGAGGCACAUCAAGUGAUCCAGCAACCUCAAUGGCACUGUCGCAGUAUCGUUUUCAUGGCGUUGGAUCGAGUCUUGCGAAGCCCCUGAGUCAUCAUGUGGCAGCAGAUCAACCCAGAGCCCCCCUCCGGCCAGCCCCAAUGGCUCCAUCUCCACCCGAAGCCCAUCAAUCGCAUCCCACAUCACCAAAGCACCUUCAGCGCUCCCCUGAUCUCAGUCCACAGACAUCCCCGCCCAGCCAUCAAACCGACGAUGCUCCGCACACCUUUCCAGGAGGAAUAAAUCCUGGCAUUAGCCCCUUCCCCAAACACUGGAUCUGGAAUACUGCGGGACUCUUCUAUGCUGCUGGGAGUCGUGAUCAGUUGCCACCACAUGCUUUCCUCCCAUAUGCAGCGCAUUUCAAUGGGCUCCCCAUUUCACCGGCAGGAUUGCAUUUUGACUCCCAUCAAGCUGUGGAGACAAAGGGUCAGGACACGAGUGAUGAUUCCCUGGAUCAAGAUGAUGCAGCACGAAGUUCCACAAGUACGAGUGUACCCAAAAAGCGGAACCCAUAUUCGAUUGAGGAACUACUGAAGAAGCCCGAGAAGAAGAGGCGCUUCAGCGGAUGUGAUUCUGCAGUUAUUACCAAUCAUCCAGCAAGUAAGCCCGUUGUGAUCACCUUGGAUGAUACCUCGCGCCUCUCGGGCACCUCAUCGAGCCACCUAGCAUCGGAUGAGACGGACGCGAUGGCUGAUAAAGCGUGUCACAUUGAGGUGUGCGAUUGAAUCGCUUUCUCGCGGAUCCUUCCUGUGCGCACAGCACAUAAGAAGCGGCGGGAAGUGAUAGGAAUUGUAAAUAUAGAGCAAGUCUUUUGAUCACACUCUGACCAUAUGAUCGAGAUUGCAGAUUCGUAGCUGAGAGCUGCGACUGUGAGAUUUGCAAUUUGCAGCAAAUGAAUUACUUAUGAGGGUUGGCAGAGGUUCUCAAAAACAACUUUUUCUCUUAAAUUACUUACAAAAUUAUAAUUCUGUAAAAAUAAUAAAGAAAAAAUCUUUAAAAAAAUUAAGAAAAAGUGGACAAAGUCAAGUACCGGAUGCUCUUUAAGUUUUUCAUUCAAAAUUCAAAUAAUAUUCCCGAGACAAAUAAAGCAAUUAAAUUAUUGUUUUGUCCUUAAUGCUGUUAAAUUUUUUUUUAAAAAGAUUUUACAUGAAAAAAAAAUUAUAAAAGUAAAACGAUCGAGCAAAAAGAGCUUAAAGAAGAGAUAAAAGUUUGAGAGCCACUGGUGAGAGCCCUCUUAAUCACACACCUGUCGUCUACGCUGUGUUUUUCGCUGACAAAUCAGCACAAAUAAUAUAAAUUCAAUAUUAAAUGCAGAGUGUGACUCGGAAAAUUCACAUUAAUUCAUACUAUACCAUAAGAGCGCCAUAGAAGAGAAACUUGUAGCCGUAUAAAAGUUUUAGUUUUAUCUUUGUAGUAAAAGAAAUCCCGCGAAUGAUUGUUGUGUAGCCAGAACACAGAAUGUUGAAAAUGUAGUUUUAGAUCAAAAUAAAAAUCUCUGAAAUAUCGAGAAUA